AUGUCUUUCAAUAUAUGGGAUUUAUUCGCCAAAGCGUGGCACUUCAAGCUGCCAGCCUUCGGGAUGGAUCAGCUUCUGCCGAUCUGCAAGACUUAUACUUUCUCCUUCGGGUUCUGGAUACGACUUACAUCAGAAGGAACUGACAGCCGAGUCACUUCGACUGCCAUGCGAGAGACUCCGGUACGCUAUGCUCCGCUUGAGCAUGAGUAUGAUCUCCGCUUGUUUUUUCUUCAUCCUGGCUCAGAUGAUGACAUCGUCACGGGCCACAUGGAAUGUCGUGGAAUGGAACAGCCACGAAAAGAAUUCGAAGCAUUGUCUUAUGUAUGGGGCGCAACGGACGACUGCGCAAUCAUUUUGAUCGAUGAUACGUCUGUCUCAGUCACAAAAUCACUAGAAGCUGCCCUCCGCCACUUGCGAUUCCCAGACCGUCCUAGAACCCUCUGGAUUGACUAUGUAUGCAUCAACCAGCACGACAUUGACGAACGCAACCGCCAAGUUGCUAUGAUGGGAUCAAUAUAUUGGCAAGCCAUAACUGUCCUGGUAUGGCUGGGUGAAGCAACCCCUGACACCGCCGCUGGAAUCAAAGUCCUCAGCUACCUUGCAAACGAGCCGCGACCACAGCCUCGUCCAGUUUGGCAAGACUAUCCGCCGUCCGUCGUACGAGCUGGCCUCUUGGACAUUAUGAACAGGCCAUGGUUCCAGAGAAUGUGGGUUGUCCAAGAGAUCGGACGUUCAAGCAGUGCAUCCUUGAUCUGUGGUCGGCACGAAGUCAAAUGGCAGUCCAAUGAUUGUAUCACUGUGAAACGGUUCGUGAGAAUGAUCAAAUACGCCGAGAUAUCACCUCAAUGGGAACAUAUGGGGCUUGGCACGGUCAACAUGCAACCUCUCCUCGACAUGUUGGACCUCCAGAUUGGAGAGCAACUCGACAGAAGUUGGGGUGGGACUCACCGUUCUGCCCCCGACUUUCUCGAUAUCGCCCACAGUAUGCGGCACAAGCUCUGUUCAGAUCCCAGAGACAAGUUGUUUGGCAUCUAUGGAAUCGUAGAGCAUUCAUUGCAUAAUGAAGACUUCAAGCCGGAUUAUACAAUGACCGUCGGGCAAAUGUAUGAGGCUUUGGCAAGACUAGCCUUCGCAUGA